CCCAAAAAUCAACUAGAAGCUUUCAUUUUUCCUAUGAGAAUUCUGCCCAAUCCUGCUGCCUGCUGGUCUCUCUGCCAGUGUGACCAGCGUAUAAUUCCCCUUCUCUCCCUCCACCUACUGGAAUCAAAACAAAAGCCCUGUUCAGCGUUUUUGACAGCUGGCAACCCGAAAGCAGCGCUUCCCGAAACGCAAGACAGGUUGUUUGUUGGCAUAUCUCCCCGCUCCGUUCCGAUCCCUUUGGGCCGCAGGCCACCACCAAAGUCGGAGUGCAUUUUGACGUCUGCCUGCGAGGAAGACAGCAACCCGUGGACGUCGUCGUCGUUGUCGCUGAGGGUCCACAGCAACCAAUCCCCACCACCCGACCAGCGGGAGUUCCGUCGUCACAUCAUCAUCGCCAUCGUCGUCCGUAAUUUCGGGUGCGAGUGUUUCCGCGUACGUAAGGCUCCACUGGUCCAGCACACGAUACGGGCAGUGAUCGACAAAGACAAAAAAAACACCCACCCCGCGCUCCGCAACCGACCAAAACAAACGUCCGCGGAAUGAACCACACUGGGAGCCCGAAUCGCAGCAACCAUACGCGGGCACCAUAUUCGUACAGCCGCCAGGGCAGCCAGCAGCCCACCGUUCGAGCCAGCGUUGACGCGGCGUGCUAGUUUUUCGGCUGGCCAGCAGCAGCGACGGAGUGCGCGGAAGGGAAGAGACAGACAACCCCAUCAUCAUUAACAGCCAGACAACGGUGCGUUUGUGCACGGAACGGAAUCGCUUUAUCCUAUCCUGGCACAGGGAAUUCCCCCCCGGGAAACCGUAAUAGCCCGCUGUAACGCACAACUUUUAGUAUUGAGCCGUCUACGACGGCCGGGAAGAGCGAGUAAAGCCGGGAGAAAACACAGCCACCCGACCACGGUUGGCAUGCGACGCGCGUGAGCCAGGCGUAAGAAGCGGUAGCAGCACGGACGGGCGGUUUUUCUUUUGCAAAAGCCAACAUACUUCCUUGAUGUGUUUUGGAGCGCCCAUCGUAACGUUCCUACCAGUGCCAAAGCAACAAGCAGCAGCAGUAGCAGUAGCAGCAGGAGCAGGAGCAGCAGCAGAAGCAGCGUACGCACGAGUACGCAUCCGCCGACCCGCCGGGGUUGGCCCACCGGAAGCAGCAGCAGCCUCACCGACCAGCCGCGUAUGAUGCCCUGCCCGGGGUUGAAGGUGUCGCACGUGAUAUUUGUGAUCGUCAUCGUGAUAACGAUAGUGUUCUACUCGUCGCUCAAUGGCCGCCAGUUCAUACUCGAGCAGCGUCGGUACGCGAACCAUCGGAAGAACGACCCGAGCGCGCUGGUCGCGUCCAACCGGACCGUGCCGGGGGCGGCGGCGGCGGCAGCACCACCCGACAAGGCGCUGCUAGUGCCGGCGGGGCCACCGGUCGAGCCGGGCACGGUGCGCCAGAAGUGCAACGUGUUCCAGAUGGUGGUGCAGCGGUGCGGGUUUGACGUGCUGCAGAAAUCGGUCGAGCGGACGCAGCAGCAGCAGCAGCAGCAGCAGGCGGUGGACCGGAACCAAACCCAGCUGCUCCUCGCACAGCAGCGGGAGAAGGAGCAGCAGGAGCAGGAAACCGGUCCCGAGCACGUGGACAACAUCCAGCGAAUACCGAACCCGUCCGCGGUGAAGAGCGCCGCCGCGGCCGGGUCAUCGUCCUCCUCUUCUUCCUCCUCCUCGUCCUCCUCGUUGCCGCCGGCGCCCCAGCCGACGGCGCUGGAGGCGGAGGGCGAGCGGGUGAUCAAAACGCGCGACCUGUACCACUCCGGCCACCUGCCGGAUGCGGCCUGCGUCGCCAACCUCUGCCCGCGCAACGGCACGGACGUGACGCUGCUGAUCGUCGUCACGUCCGCGCCGACCCACCGGGAGCAGCGGCUCGCGAUCCGGCAGGCCUGGGGCCACUACGGCAGCCGGCGCGACAUCUCGAUCGGGUUCAUCGUGGGGCAGACGAACGAUGCCCGGACGGAGGAUCAGCUCGCGGCGGAAAGCUACAUGUACAGCGAUCUGAUACGGGGGUACUUCAUCGACAGCUACAGCAACCUGACGCUCAAGACGAUCUCGAUGCUCGAGUGGGCGAAGCUGCACUGCCCGAGCGCCUCCUUUCUGCUCAAGACGGACGACGACAUGUUUAUCAACGUGCCGAAGCUGCUGCAGUUCAUGGAGGCGCACGGCAACCAGCGCCGGACGAUCUUCGGCCGGCUGGCGAAGAAGUGGAAACCGAUCCGGAACAAGAAGUCCAAGUACUACGUCAGCCCGGAACAGUACUAUCCGCCCGUGUUUCCCUCGUUUACCACCGGGCCAGCCUACCUGCUGACGGCCGACAUCGUCGGCGAGAUGUUCGACAAGUCGCUCAGCCAAACGUACCUCAAGCUGGAGGACGUCUACAUGACCGGCAUAGUGGCGCAGCUGCUCAACAUACACCGGAUCAACGUGAAGGAGUUCCUCAACCGGCGGAUAGCGUUCAACCAGUGCAACAUCAAGAAGGCGAUCAGCAUCCACAUGGUGAAGAACAACGAGCAGCUCGACCUGUGGAAGAAGCAGGUCGACACGAGCGUCGCCUGCACGUAGAAGACAUGUUUUGCCUUUUUGUUGCAACCCCCUCCCCCCCCCCCAACAUUCUCCAGGUUUAUCCGUUUUACAGGGUUUCGAAUCAUAUAAGGGAAUAGGUCAAUCACUUAGGGGAAUGUUGCAAAUCGGCAGGGGAAUGUCGCUAGCACGCUGUGGAAGUUUGCAAUCAUACAGGGGAAUGUUGCAAUCGACUAGGGGAAUUUUGCAAGCAUACGGUGGAGCUGUCAUCAGUUCAGUCAUCAGUCAUCAGUCAUCAAUAAAUCCUGCUGCGGAGCUAUAAUUAAACAUGAUAAAUCAGUAAAAUUAACGAAAAAAUUUGGGGGAUUUACAGCGGCACCCACAGUCCGAUGACAGCUCCACAGUAUGCUUGCAAAAUUCCCCUAGUCGUUUGCAAUAUUCCACUAUAUGAUUGCAUACUUCCACAGCAUGCUUGCGACUUUCCCCUACCGAUUUGCAACAUUCCCCCAAGUGAUUGAACUAUUCCCUUGCAUGAUUCGAAACAUCCUGAUUUGAUUGCCUUUUGAGUUUGAGGCUACCCGCUUCACCAUUAACAAAGCCCUUCCCUUCCUUCCCAUCCAUCACCUAUCCUUCCUUCCAUUGGGACACAGAACAAAACCCCAUAUACAUUUAAAAAAGAUAUCACACACUACUAUCGUUCCAUUAAAACAACUUAGAGAAAGAGAGAAAGAAGGAAAGAUCGAGAACGAGAGAGGGAGAGACAGAGAGAUAGGGAGAAGAAGACGAUGAGCCGAAGAGCAAACCCGUUUAGGCAAGAUAAUAAAUUCGCAAUCUCUUGUAAUGUUAUUUCAUAACGAACAAACGAAACAAGCAAAGAAAACUAUCCAUUUCUCGUUUUUAGCAA